UGGUUCCAAAAUUUUAGAUAAAGUCAAAAAAAAAAAAAAAAAAAACCUCUGCGUUGUGUGUUGGGUUUUCAAGUUUCAGCGUCAGAAUGGAAGUUUCCGGCGUGACUUUCCGGCGGGUUCCUUGUCUUUCCGGAGCUGUGAUCGAGACCCACUUUGAAAAUACCAAGCCAUGUAGAGCUGCUAUGAGAGUGAGACCACCCAGAAAGUUUUCUAUGGUUAUGAAUUCUGGGUUUUGUGAUAACCGGCAUACACAGUACUAUUAUGCGGGUACAGGUCUCAGGUGUGUUGGACUUGAGAAGAAGGAGGAGAAGAAGAAGAAGAAGAAGAAGGAGAAGAAUGGUUCGGAUGAACUUACACCAAAGAAGAAGUUGAAAUUGCUAGAGUCUCUCACAAGGGACUUGUCCAAGUUUUCUGAUAUUGGCUUUGGCUUAGAUUCUGACAACGAUUUGCUUCAUCAAGUUCAAGGGAAGGUGCUCUCGGAUGCAGCAGACGUAUUGAUGAAACAACUGCAACAUCUAAGAGCGGAGGAGGAGGAAUUGAAGAGGAAAAGGAAAGAAGAGAAGGCCAAGCAUAAAGCCACACAAAUGAAUAGGAUGGUUGAUUGUGAAUCAUCAUCAUCUGAAUCUUCUGAAUCAAGUGACAGUGAAUGCGAAGAUGUGAUUGACAUGAGCAACCUGAGAAGCGAACCCCUUGCACAAACAGCAGAACCAGUAGUAGAUGUGCAUUCACUUUCUCAAAAAACAGCAACUACAUUGACCCUUCCUAGCACGCUGACCCAAGAAGGGAACACAACUGAGGCAAAUGGUUUGGGAGAUCACAGAUUAGAUAUUAAUGGAGUAGAAUGCUGCAUUAGAACUAGUACUAGUUUUAGCAGUGGUAGUGCUGUUAGCCAUAAUGAAAGUAGUAGCUCAGUAACAGUACCAUCAUCGGCAAAGAGGAUUGAGGUUUGCAUGGGUAAAAAGUGUGGAAAAUCAGGAGGUCCUGCAUUGUUGGAAGAAUUCGAACGGGUAGUCGGUGUUGAGGGUGCUGUUGUUGGGUGUAAAUGCUUGGGCAAGUGCAAAGAUGGUCCUAAUGUGAGGGUUUUGAACAGUUUUGAUGGCAGUCAUGCUGAUGGAGUAGAUGUUUCUGUUAGGACUCCAACGAAUCCCUUGUUCAUUGGUGUGGGAUUGGACGAUGUGGGUGUUAUUGUGGCUAAUUUCUUAGGGGAUGAGCAGAAAGACUUGGGUUUGGCAGCAGCAGUUUAGAAGAGCUGUUUGCUUUUUGUGAGUGAUAUUUGGUGCAAUCGGCUCACUUGCGAUAAUCAAGUUUGCAUUAUUAUUGGCAUUCUUGGAGAUCCUCAUUUCACUUCUGUAAAAUGUAAAUGCAAACACAGAUUGUAAUUGUAAUAAAUUGUAUUUGGCAAUUAUUUCGUUACUUG